AUGGCGGACAAGUUUCUCAUGACGACGCUCGUUUCUUGCCUUGCCAUCAAUGGGAGUCUCUCACUGCCGCUCGCUACGCUGAUACUGGGACGAGACGUAAGCCUUGCGAUUGCGGCCAUCUACUUCCGAUAUGCCUCGUUACCCGCCCCGAAGACGUUUGCUCGAUACUGGGACUUUAGUCUUCCCUCGGCUGAAGUCCACCCUACAACAAUCUCCAAGCUGAACACGUUCCUGCAACUUGGACUCAUUGGUACCACUAUGUCUGUUGCUCUUCUUCACGACCCUUCGGCUGUUUCUUCGUCCGCUGGAGGUCUCCUCCUCUCUAUGCAAGAUGCUCUGGGCGGUCCUGAAGGCGUUGCACGAAUGAAAGAGAUUAUGAGCGGAAUAGUAGCUGCUACGACGACAUAUUCUGGGCUAAGCUACGCUUGGAUGAAGAGCGCAGUCAAGAUCCUGGGUGACGACGAAGCUCUAAAGCAAAAGCAGGGCUUCCGCGGUCGAAUGAUCAUCGCGAGUACUUUCGGAAGCGUCAUAGCGCUUGCGGCAGCACUUUGGUAUCGUGAGCUACAAAAGAAAGAUGAGGUUAGCCAGAAAGACGAGGCGUGA